AGGCUGGCCCCGAGGGCUGCGACCGGGCUGCGCUGCCGCUGCGAUGCCUCCCCUGGCCGCCACCGCCUCGCUCCGCGCCUGCUGCCGCGGGGCGCUCCUGCUGCUCCUCCUCCUGCUGGCGCCGGCUGCCCCGCACCGUCCCGGGCAGAGAGAUCAUAUUUUGAGAGAUCUAAACGAAUACAGCCUUGUCAUUCCAACUAGCACAGACUCAGAGGGCAUGUUCCUCUCCAAUGUUGUGUCCGGAGUUUCGAAGAGGCGCCUCCGAAGGGACACGGGCAAUCUAACACGGGCGGCCACAAGCGAGCAAAUUUUUUAUAACGUCACUGUUUUUGGAAGAGAACUUCACUUUCGACUGAGACCAAACUCCAGGCUCGUGGCUCCCGGAGCAACUGUUGAAUGGCAGGACGAUUUUAACAUCACGUACACUGAGCCGCUCAGUGGGGAUUGCCUCUAUGUUGGGGAUAUCGCCGACUUGCCUAAUGCAUCUGUUGCUAUAAGCAAUUGUGAUGGGCUGGCUGGCAUGAUUCGCACAGACAAGGACGAGUUUUUCAUUGAACCUCUGCAGAACGGGAAGCAGGAGGAGGAAGAAGGUCGGACACACCUGGUGUAUCGCAGGGCAGCUGUCAAGAAAAUGCUUCCCAGUGAGCAUCCAGACAUCCAGCAAAGAGAAGCUGAUCUAGGCAAUCUAGACAGCAUGUUGAACCUGGUGAAAGAUAAGAUCAGUACCACACAAAGGAGGAGGAGAUAUCCAAGGCAUGCAGCUGACGAAGAUUACAACAUUGAAGUACUUCUAGGUGUCGAUGACUCUGUGGUACAAUUCCAUGGGAAAGAACAUGUUCAGAAGUAUCUUCUGACACUGAUGAAUAUUGUUAAUGAAAUCUAUCAUGAUGAGUCCUUAGGUGCUCAUAUUAAUGUCGUCUUGGUGAGAAUCAUUAUGCUGAGCUAUGGGAAAUCUAUGAGUUUAAUUGAGAUCGGUAACCCCUCUCAGAGUUUAGAGAACGUGUGUCGCUGGGCCUACCUACAGCAGAAGCCUGAUGCAGGACAUGCAGAGUAUCACGAUCAUGCCAUUUUUCUCACCAGGCAGGAUUUUGGGCCUUCUGGUAUGCAAGGAUAUGCUCCGGUUACUGGCAUGUGUCACCCAGUCCGAAGUUGCACACUUAACCAUGAAGAUGGCUUCUCCUCAGCAUUUGUUGUGGCUCAUGAAACUGGACAUGUACUAGGCAUGGAACAUGAUGGGCAAGGGAAUCGAUGUGGGGAUGAAGUCCGAAUGGGAAGCAUAAUGGCCCCUCUUGUCCAGGCUGCAUUUCACCGCUUCCACUGGUCUCGGUGUAGCCAGCAGGAGCUGAACCGAUACCUUCAUUCCUAUGAUUGUUUGCAUGACGAUCCCUUUGACCAUGACUGGCCAUCCCUUCCGCAGCUGCCAGGAAUCCACUACUCCAUGAAUGAGCAGUGCCGGUUUGAUUUUGGACUUGGCUACAUGAUGUGCACAGCUUUCCGCACCUUUGAUCCGUGCAAACAGCUUUGGUGUAGCCAUCCUGACAACCCUUAUUUCUGCAAAACAAAAAAAGGACCUCCACUGGAUGGAACCAUGUGUGCUCCUGGAAAGCAUUGUUUUAAAGGUCACUGUAUCUGGUUAACUCCAGAUAUCUUGAAGCAAGAUGGAAACUGGGGGGCAUGGAGCAAAUUUGGGUCCUGCUCUCGAACUUGUGGAACAGGAGUGAAGUACAGAACGCGGCAGUGUGAUAAUCCGCACCCAGCUAAUGGAGGCCGCACAUGCUUUGGACCAAGUUAUGAGUUCCAGCUCUGCAGCACUCAGGAUUGCCCUAAAGAUUAUGAAGAUUUCAGAGAGGAGCAAUGCCGGCAGUGGGAUCCUUAUUUUGAAUAUCAGAAUACAAAACAUCACUGGCUCCCAUAUGAGCAUAUUGAUGCUAAAGAAAGGUGCCACCUCUACUGUGAGUCCAAGGAAACAAGUGAUGUUGUAUAUAUGAAGAGACUGGUGCAUGAUGGAACACGGUGUUCGUAUAAGGAUUCUCAUAGUAUCUGCGUGCGAGGGGAGUGUCUGAAAGUUGGUUGCGACAAGGUAAUAGGCUCUUCAAAGCAAGAGGAUAAGUGUGGGGUGUGUGGUGGAGACAACACCCACUGCAAAGUGAUGAAAGGCACUUUCUCCAAGAUUCCAAAGAAACAAGGUUACAUCAAGAUGUUUGAAAUCCCAGCAGGUGCAAGACACUUGCUCAUACAAGAAUCUGAUCCCACUGUCCAUAAUCUUGCAAUUAAGAACAGAGAAACUGGGAAAUUUAUCUUAAAUGAGAAUAAUUAUGUGCCAAAUUCCAAAAUAUUUGUCAACAUGGGUGUGGAGUGGGAGUAUCGGAAUGAUGAUGACCGGGAAAUGGUGCAAACAAUGGGUCCUUUGCGAAAUGGAAUCACUAUCCUGGCAAUUCCUCAUGGCAAUACCAAGAUUUCACUGACAUACAAGUACAUGAUCCAUGAAGAUUCCUUAAAUGUGGAUAACAACAAUGUUUUGGAAGAUUCAGUAACAUUCGAGUGGGCUUUGAAAAAAUGGACUCCAUGCUCAAAACCCUGUGGUGGAGGUUAUCAGUUUACAAAAUAUGGUUGCCGGAGGAAGACUGACCACAAGAUGGUUCAUCGCAGUUACUGUGACUCCAUCCAAAAGCCAAAGCCCAUUCGCAGAGUGUGCAAUCUCCAGGAAUGCUCCCAACCAAUAUGGGUUACAGGCGACUGGGAGCCUUGUAGCAAGAGCUGCGGAAAAGCAGGGUAUCAGGUGCGUUCCGUCAAAUGUAUCCAGCCGCUGCAUGACAACACAAAUCGCUCUGUUCAUACCAAAUACUGCAGCAGCGAUCGUCCGGAAGGCAAGCGGGCGUGCAACCGGGAGCUUUGCCCAGCUCAGUGGCGGAUAGGACCCUGGUCAGAGUGUUCUGUAACUUGUGGUAAUGGUACACAAGAGAGACAAGUUCUAUGCAGGACUAGAGAAAAUGUCAUUGGCUUUUGCAAAGAAGAUAAGCCCGAGACAAUAAGACUAUGCAAACUAUCUUUAUGUCCCAAAAACACAUCAGAUACAUCAAAGAAAACGUACAUGAUACAAUGGCUGUCAAGACCGGACCCAGAUUAUCCUAUCCAGAAAAUAUCUUCAACAGAACAUUGCCAAGGAGACAAGUCAAUGUUUUGUCGCAUGGAAGUUCUCUAUCGGUACUGUGCAAUUCCUGGUUACAAUAAACUGUGUUGCAGUUCUUGUAAUAAGUACGGUAACAAAACAGGAAGUAAUCCAACAAGCUCCAACCAUAGUAAAGUUAAUGAUAUCGAAGAGGAUAUACCUCCCACACUUACAACUCCUGCUCAAGUCCACAGCCCAUAUACCACUGCAGGGCCACCAUUUGUCACCAACGUGAAUGUCACCAGUUCUAAUGCUUCCAUAGAUCAGCCAGAAGGUAACGCAGUGGAUGUCCCCUAUAAAAUUCAUGGGCUUGAAAAUGAAGUACGACAGCACAACAUUAUCUUGAAGAGGAAACCACCUUAUGAACGGACAAACAACCGAAGAAUUCAGGAGCUGAUUGCUGAAAAAAGGAAAAGAGAGAUGCUCAGGAAAUUGCAUUAAAAUGGAAAUUUAACAACAAAUAUUUUUUCUCUCUUAUAGAGAUGUUACCAAAUGCCGCAGUAAUGCCCAUGUCACCAUAGAGACUAAAUACAUAUAGUGGUGCUAUGGCAGAAAUGCCAAAUGCCUGCAAAAGAUAGAAAUUUAGGGUUAUUUAAUUAAGGUUAAUAUAAAUAUUGUAAAAAUGGCUAGGGUCACCAGUUGCCACAGAAACUCGUGCAAUAUCCACAGCAGUUCCAUUGCUAUGUAGCAGUGCCACCUACCACAGUCAACCAGGUUCUAAUUUUUCGUGGGUGCUCUUGCUCUCUCAGUGUGUAUACUUGAGUCCAAUGAAAUGUCACCCGGAGAUGCUCACAGCGGUGCCAGAGGUUCCAAGAGCUCAAGCCAAGUCUUCAGUAAUGCAUGGAGGCCUGUAGUGCAGCCAGUGGAACCUCUGCUUUGAGGAAGCAUGUCUGCUUUCUUUAAACACGCAGAUCCUAAAUACACUUAUUUAUAAAUAAGCCCAGCUCAAGUUUGGUGGAACUUAUUUCAAAGCGUCAGAGGAAUUCAGCAUGCCAGUCACUAGUCUUACCUAUCUUUCCAUUGAAUUCAACGGUGCUACUCUCAUACUCAGGUAGCAAGAAAGAGUACCACUGUAACAUCAAGAGAUUAACUUAGGCCCAGUUUCAGGAAUCAAGCUCAAGUAUAUUCUUUGUGUUAACCGCUUGAGAAAGUAGGUAUGAGGUGAUGCGGCUUACUGUACAAAAUCCAGCUGAGGAGAGAGCAUUCUGCAGAAGUCUGAUCAAAGUAGUAUUUAACAUCAUCGUUCUUUCAAAAGAGCAUUUGUUCACAAGUGUUGGAGAUUGUGGCAGUAAAAGCAUCACCAUAUUUGCUUCCUUUUUAUCACAUUUAAGAAACGACACAGUGGUAGCAUUCAUGAAUAUACUUGCCCCUUCAGCUUCAGGUGGAAGAGCCUCUUGGUGCUUCAGGGGGCUCAUAUCGGGGGGUGGAGGAGCUUGCAUGUGUAUCUGUGUUUAUUUUCCCAUGAAUCAGAUAAUAGCAUUCUUGGAUAAUAUUUGAAAUUAAAAUUAUCUCACUGGCUGGACUGCCUAAAUCAUCCCCAAUUUCAAUAUUUUUGUCUGUUUUCAGAUAUCUGCAUUUUUAGUCUUAUAGGCUUGCAAUGCAAAUUAUUCAGUAUUUGGAUAGUCCGAUCAUUUCUCCCAGUUUCUGUUCACAUUCUGGUUAAUUUAAAUGACUGGAUUUCCCUUUUCUUUCAGUUGGUGCUUUUUUUGUGAAGAUAAUGUAGAAUGUGUUUAUUACAUUUUCUAUAGUGCAAUGUUAUACCAUUUUGGUAAUGAACAAUGUGUAUUAUCAACAGUUAAUUAGGACAGCUGUACGGUAGCAGAAACAAAACACCUGUCAUUAUGCAUAUAUAUGUGUAUACACCGUACUGAAUCUGCUUAGACCUUAGCAAUGUAUAGUUUGACACCCCUUUGAGUACUGGUUUCAUUGCACACAGCACUUUCCGAAAGCUUGUCAGGAUUCAAUAGCACAAGUUGAUCGCUACUCAUUUUGUUCAUUGUCAAAUAGCCAGACCCUAAUAACCUUUUCUCACCAGUAACCCCCAGUGCGACUUAUGUGUGAAUAAAUAGUCCCACUGAUGGGUCAGCUUGGCCAUCAAGCAUGAUAUAAUUUAAAAUUACCCAUCUCCAUCAAGCUUCAGCCAGGUCUCAAAACAAUUAAAGUUUUCCCGUCAUUUUAAAUGGAUAAUAGUGAUAGGUCAGAUUCCUAAGUAUAAUUGCUACUUUAACGACAUAUUUGGUGGCGGCUGAGAAAACCUCUGAGCACAGACAUACACUAUGAAUGCUAGUGGAUUGGUGGGACCAUGCAUGGACUGAAAAGCCAGCUAAUGUCUUUGUGUUUUGUUUUAAAAACAAUUUACUGUCCUGCCUACCAGUUUUAGCAGAGCUUCUCUAUUUCAUAACUUGCCCAAGUCAUGAAUUCCUUGCAAUGAUUACAAGGUUCUUGAUGUGGCUGCUGCCCUCAAAAACCUAACUAAAGAGGAAUUCCAAAUUAGUACAAGAUCACAGAUUUAAAUGACAAUUUAUGGAGGAAAACAAAGUUUCUUGCACACCUUAAUAACUGGUAUAAUGAUUUUGCAUACUGUCUUUUUUGACUAAUAGUAUAUAAGUUGCUCAAGAGCCCUUUUGCUGAGGAGCAACUAAAAUGCUUUAAGUAAUAUCAUUUGUGUCCUGUUCAGCUAGAUCCAAUUUGGUAUCACACAACUAGCCACGGCUCUCAUUUAUAUCAACUGGAGAUGGAAUGUGGCAAGUUGUAACAGUCAUGGCAUAUAUUUGACCUGAUCCAAUUUCAGUCACAUGGUACAGCAACUGUUGGUGUUGACCGAGGGUGUCCCUUGCAUAAUCUUACAUCACUGCCUUUUGUGUUCCAAUAGAGAUCCCUGUAAGCAUCUUCUGGUGUCUUCCAGUUCAAAGGGUUCCUUGGAAUCAUUUCGGAGUUGCUUCUUUUUUCCCUCUCAAAACCUUGAAAUAAGACAAGUACAAGGAUUGUCAUAUUAAUAUGAAAUUCAUGAAGAAAUACAUCAAUCAGGAAAGCCAUUUUACUGCACUGGAAAUGCCCAAUGAUAUAUGCAAUCUCAUUUUUAGUUGUUUGGGACAUGCAUGUGAUAUAUUUUUCUGGAAAGUUCUAUUUCUCUGAAACUUGGGGGCAGGAGGAAGCUCUUAGCCUCUCCUUGGCUACACAUAUUCUGCACAAGUGUACAAUGUGCCAGAAUUCAGAAACUGAAAGAGUUUUGAAAACAAGAGUUGGGAUUAAAUUACCAUUGGCAGUGCCCCUGAUAGAAUACUUUGUGGCACAAUUUUCUGCAGCAGCUUGAUCGAAAUGAAGACAGUUUUGUUCUGUUUCAGAUGAAACAUGCUUGUCAGUAUGUAGCUAUGGACCAUGAUAAGAGAUGUGCAUGGAUAGCUCCGUGUGGGCAGGAUCUUUCCCCUCUUCCACAUGGAGACUUGUGGCAGUAUGCCUUGCACAGAGGAAAUUUCUGCUAAGUAACAGAGAGAAGGCAGCCCUCCAUGGAGGGCGCAGAGGCCUUCCUGUGGGCCUGUGCCAUUCAUUAUUUCUGAGGUGGAGCGUUCAGCUGUUUGUGAGUCACUUUCAUCAAGAGGUGACUCUCCUCUCUCAUGAGCCGGUAUGUUGACAGUGUACGUGAAGGAGAGCUGCUUAGCAAUUCAUGUGCCUAAACAUACAUCCUAGAAACAGAAUCAACUGGCCUAAUUUGCUUCUUGCUUUCUUGUGUGCCUAACAACUUACUCUUCCCUGAAUGCAAUUUGUCCAUUGCAUUGUGCCUUCUUUGCCAUUGUGCACCUAUAUAUUUAAUUAUAGUCAGUUUCCUGUAUCCCACAGCCUUUUUUCUUCAAAGUGCAGCUAUGUCUGUGCUGCAGUAAGCAGAUUUUCUCACAGGACUUCAGCUACUACACCUCUGAUAUUCCAGAAAAGGUUGCCUUGGCAAAAUUCACAAAUGGAAGACUAUCCCUGCUGUAUUGAGGAAGCCUAAUUUUAAACAUGAUGCUUUUGGUUCUGAAAAUUGUACAGAUGAAUCCUUCCGCUAGAAUUGCCCUCCCACAACACACGGCUUGAUCAGUUGGGUGGGGGGAGCACAGAGCAAGCUAUUUUUAAAGGUGCAGAGUCCCUGCUUCUAUACCUUUAACAACAGCUUGCUGUCUCAACAUGGGCAGUAACCAAUCAAGAGUGCUGUGGCACCUUAAAGACUGUCAAAGUGAUUAUGGCUUUAGCUUUCAUAGAUUGCCAUUGAUCAAGCCUCUAUUGACAUUCCAAAAAAACAUCUAAGCUGCUGUUCAAGAUAAAUCGCAGGCCAAAGUAUUUUUGUGGCUGACUGAAACCCCUUUAUGCAACUGCCCUGGUCCGCACAUUUUAUCCAAAUUACGGCAAUCCCAGAUGUUUUCAUUAUCUCAACUGCAAUCUGGGGAAGAAAACUGCUGAUACUGUGUUGCCUUUCGCACCGCAUUGUUCAUCAUGCCAUGGCUUAGGAUCUUAGCUCUGCCAAUACUGAUCUAUGUACAAGAGUGUUCUGAGUUGAGUCCUUUAUUUUACUCUGGAACUUCACCUUCCAGGUUAACACUUCUGUGAGCAUCCCCUGUAUUGAAUUAGGGUUUCUUAUCACGCCCAUCCAACCCAAAAGUGUGUACAUCCUGGAGCGUUCCUUGAGUCCAGUCAAAUGCAACCACGGCUAUAUGCAAGAUGUCACUUUCAACCUGCAUUGAAGAAAUGCUGGAAAAAGUCUGUUCGGAGUCAGGCAAAGCUGGAUCCAGCCUGUGCUGGGUUCACAUACCAACUGCCCAAGGGAAGGAAGUCAGCAUGUGCAAUACGUGUCAGCACUUCCAGUAGCUACCCAACAGUUCUGUGAAGGGCCUUUAGAAUGCUUUAAAUGAAAAAUCUCUAAAUGGUGCUUUACCAGUACUCAAAGGGUAUUUGUGAUUUACUUUUAUUAUGUACUGCAUUUAGUCCUAUAUUUACUCGCCUACAAUGCACAGUAUUAGCUAUAUUCAUAUGGCACAGCCAUUCACAUAUGAUGCAUAUGCCUUAACAUCAGCCACCAUGAAUUGUAUAUUAAAAUGUAUAUAAAAAUCAGAAUCUUUAAUUUUAUAAUUUAUUAAAGUCCAGAUGUCUGGGUUCUUUUGCAAA